AUGUCCUCAGAUCAGAUCGGCGGCCUCAGCGUGGGCAUGGUCAACCUGAUCGUUAUCCUCGUCAUCAUCGGUACCGCCUUUCUCGCUUCUAUGGGCUGGGGCUUUUAUCGGAUGUUUAAAGGAGGCGAUAUGAGUUUUGCCGGGCCCCAAGAACCAGGGCAAGAUCAAACAAAUUAUAUGCGGCAGGUACGAUACCGCACGCGCUUAGGCAUGUUUGCUGCCAGUCGGGAGGCGCUCAAGGCGGGUAGAGACUCGAAGAUGACUGAAGAUUUGGAGAGUUCCUAUCACAAUUAG